AGGGGGUAGAGAGAGGGGAGAGUGAGGGUGGGAAAGAGAGGGUAGAGAAAGAGAGCAGGGAAGAGAGUGAGGGAGGUGGGUUGACUCGGAGCAGAGGCUGGGAUCGUUGCUGCAGGAACGGUCUGACCCACACAUCGGCCUCUCACGAUGGCAUACAGCUACCACGCCAACCAGUACGAGGGAGCCUUCAACAGCAGCCGGCUGAGCAGCUGGACCGUCCCCAAGACCCGCGAUCAGACUUCGAAGAAGCCUAAAUUUCGAGAAGGAUCCAGCUUCUUCAUCGCGAACGAUAAAGGACAUCUGAAGCCAGGCGUUCCCCGCUCAAAGGAGAACCCCUGGGGAACCUUCCUCGGAACGUGGCAGAUGCCUCGCCGCAUCCCGCAGCCCCGGCCCAACCUGACGGCCCGGAACAGCGCCGGCGCGGCCCGGCUCAUCAGCCAGGUGGAGUCCUCUCCGCUGUACAAAGCCAGCAACGGAUUCGGACUGCAGGCGGCCUUCCCGCACUGUGUGGAGCAGGUCCCGGAGGAGACAUUCGAGGAACAUUGCGCCCGGACCCAGGACACCCCCGCCCUCCCCUCCCGGCUCAGUGACCAGGAGGAAGGGACGGGCGACCCCACGCCCACAGGGACCCCUCCCGCCCAGGUCCUCCCCUCUCCCCCCGGGACACGGGGCAUUGGGAGGGUCGCGACCCCUGGUGCCACCGGACGGGCGUUGGCCAGCCCAGAGGCCCCCCAGGGGAGCCCUGACCCUGCCCUCCAGUGCCGGAGCCCUCUGAUUGGAUGACCCAGCAGAGGUCAGGGUGGGGUCGCGGGGGGGGGAACUUGGCGA